CUUCCCGGGGAGAGASAACCGAGUGCGGUAAGCGAGAGAGGAGAACGCGGAAACAGCAGGAGCGGUYCGCAAGAGGUACAGCUACCAGUGACAGCCAAACACUCGAGCGGUAUAGAGCCCAGAUCCUGGGUGCAUUUCUUUCGUGAAGUUAUCGGAUCAGAGGCUUUUUUUUUUUAUCGCUGUAAGGGGAUUUUUCUUCAGUAGAGAGUAUCAUUCGGGAUUCAGAAUGUCGGGGACCAGGGAGGAGGAGCGGCGGAAACUAGCCGACAUCAUUAACCACUGGAACGCCAACCGGCUUGACCUGUUCGAGAUCAGCCAACCCACCGAGGACUUGGAGUUCCACGGCGUGAUGCGUUUCUACUUCCAGGACCGCGUAGCAGGGAACUUUGCCACCAAGUGUAUCCGCGUGUCCUCCACGGCCACCACUCAGGAUGUCAUCGAGACGCUGGCCGAGAAGUUCCGGCCCGACAUGAGGAUGCUCUCCUCGCCCAAAUACUCCCUCUACGAGGUCCAUGUCAGCGGGGAAGAACGGAAGCUGGACCUGGAUGAGAAGCCACUGGUGGUGCAGCUCAACUGGAACAAAGACGACCGUGAGGGACGUUUCGUCCUCAAGAAUGAGAACGACAUCAUCCCCAAGAAGGUGCAGAGCAACGGGCCGGAGAGGGAGAAGGAGGGAGUGAUCCAGAACUUCAAACGGACACUGUCCAAGAAAGAGAAGAAGAAGGAGAAGAAGCGAGAGAAGGAGGCUCACAUUUCUGACGGAGAUGAGCAAGCACUGAGCAGAGAAGAUGGUGAGAACUCCAGACUGGCGGCGGAGGUGUACAAGGACAUGCCAGAGAACAGCUUCACCAGGACCAUCUCCAACCCUGAGGUGGUGAUGAAGAGGAGGCGGCAGCAGAAACUGGAGAAGCGGAUGCAGGAGUUCCGCAGCAGCGACGGCAGGCCAGACUCGGGGGGGACGUUGAGGAUCUAUGCAGACAGUCUGAAACCCAAUAUUCCCUAUAAGACCAUCUUGCUGUCCACGACAGACAUGGCAGACUUUGCUGUGGUGGAGGCCCUGGAGAAGUACGGCCUGGAGAAGGAGAACCCCCGGGAGUACUGCAUCGCCAGGCACACAGAUGACAAGUCUGGGAAGGAGAUCAUCCUGGACGAUACAGAGUGUCCUCUUCAGAUCUUCAGAGACUGGCCCAAUGACAGAGGGGACCUAGUAUUCCAGCUGAAGAAGAGACCUCCAGACUACGUGCCAAAGAAGGGCCGCAAGCCAGAGGACAAGGGCCCCAGGGGGAAGGGCAUGGACGUGCCCCUGCAUGGGUCUCUACCCCCAGAGAAACUGCCUUACCUGGUGGAGCUCAGCCCAGGGAGGGGGAAUCACUAUGGCUACUACACCUAUCGGCACCACGAAGACGGCUCAGACUCCAGGGACAAACCGAAACUCUACCGCCUGCAGCACAGUGUUACUGAGGUGGGCUCAGACACUACAGACGACGGCUCCAUCCAGCUGUUUGGUCCAGGUAUCCUGCCCCACCACUGUAAGCUGAUGCAUACGGAGGGAUUGGUGACAGUGACACCACACAGUCUGGAGGCUGAGACUUAUGUGGAUGGCCAGCUUGUCACUGAGACCACCGUGCUGCGAAGCGGAGCCACACUGCAGUUCGGCGUCUCCCACGUCUUCAAGUUUGUGGACCCCAGCUACGACCACAGCAUGGGCAAGGGAGGGCCCGGACCAAUGAUGAGAGGCAGGCACAAGUCAGGAAGUGUUCCUGAGACGACCUUUGACCUGCAAGGGGACCUCCACAGUGGGACGGCCCUCUCCACCAGCAAGAGCUCAGGGAAGCUGGAAAUGGAGCGUUCAUCCAACGGCAGUGAGAGAGGCAUGGUCAAACCCAUGAUCCGCGGGGAGCAGCAGGACAGCAGGUCCCAGGACAUCCUGAGCCCAGAACUGACGCUGCCGGCCAGCAUCGAGUUCAGGGACAACUCCGAAGAUACCUUCCUGACGGCCAUCAUCAACUACACCAACAGCUCCACGGUGCACUUCAAGCUGUCCCCCACCUACGUGUUGUACAUGACCUGUCGCUACGUCAUGUCCAGCCACUACCGGCCCGACAUCAGCCCCUCUGAGCGCACCCACAAAGUCAUAGCCAUCGUCAACAAGAUGGUGAGCAUGAUGGAAGGAGUCAUCCAGAAGCAGAAGAACAUUGCGGGGGCCCUGGCUUUCUGGAUGGCCAAUGCCUCAGAGCUGCUCAACUUCAUCAAGCAGGACAAGGACCUGUCGCGCAUCACACUGGACGCCCAGGACGUGCUGGCACACCUCGUCCAGAUGGCCUUCAAGUACCUGGUCCAGUGUCUGCAGUCUGACCUGAGUAACUACAUGCCUGCCUUCCUGGACGACCCAGAGGAACAGAACCCUCAAAGGCCCAAAAUAGAGGAUGUUUUGCACACCCUGACGGGCGCCAUGUCGCUGCUGCGUCGUUGCCGUGUCAACGCGGCGCUGACCAUCCAGCUGUUCUCCCAGCUCUUCCACUUCAUCAACAUGUGGCUGUUCAACAAGCUGGUGAUGGAGGCUGACUCUGGACUGUGUUCACACUACUGGGGCGCCAUCCUCCGCCAGCAGCUCAGCCACAUCGAGGCCUGGGCAGAGAAACAGGGCCUGGAGCUGGCCGCCGACUGCCACCUCAGUCGCAUCGUACAGGCUACGACUCUCCUCACCAUGGACAAGUACUCCAUGCAGGACGUGCAGAACAUCCACAACACCUGCUUCAAGCUGAACUCCUUGCAGCUCAACGCCCUCAUGACCAACUACCACUGUGCUCCUGACGAGCCUUACAUCCCCCCAGAGCUCAUAGACCACGUGGUUGCCGUGGCGGAGAACACAGCAGAUGAACUGGCCCGUAGCGACGGCCGAGAGGUCCAGCUAGAGGAGGACCCUGACCUGCAGCUGCCCUUCCUACUGCCCGAGGACGGCUACUCCUGCGACGUCGUGAGGAACAUUCCCAACGGAUUCCAGGAGUUCCUGGACCCCCUUUGUCAGAGAGGAUUCUGUCGGCUAACCCCUCACCCGCGCUCCCCUGGGACCUGGACCAUCCACUUUGAAGGAGUCGACUGCGACAGCCACUUCUCUGCAGACAACUCCGACCUGCAAAUGCGGAAGGAACCGGAAGUUGUGACGGUCACCCUGAAGAAGCACAAUGGCAUGGGCCUCAGCAUUGUGGCUGCCAAGGGUGCUGGGCAGGACAAGCUCGGGAUCUACAUCAAGUCUGUUGUGAAGGGAGGCGCGGCUGACAUGGACGGGCGUCUGGCUGCAGGGGACCAGCUGCUGAGUGUGGACGGCCGCAGCCUGGUGGGCCUCUCCCAGGAGAGGGCUGCGGAGUUGAUGACGAGGACAGGCUCUGUGGUGACACUGGAGGUGGCCAAACAGGGAGCCAUCUACCACGGCCUGGCCACGCUCCUCAACCAGCCUUCUCCUAUGAUGCCCAGAGCGUCGCAAGGAGGGCGUGACAAGAAUGGUAAACUGAGACCAAAGAGUGAAGGCUUUGAACUGUACAACAACUCGGUCCAGAACGGCUCUCCAGAGAGCCCCCAGGCCGACUGGCAGGCCUACCCAGAACCAAAGAAGAUGAGCGGGGAGGAGAGGCUACUGAAGAACCGGGCCGACCACCGCUCCAGCCCCAACGUGGCCAACCAGAGCCAGAGUCCGGGAGGGAAGGCCGUCUACACACGAGGACCUGGGACCAAGAUCACCUCUGUCUCCACGGGCAACCUGUGUGUUGAUGACGAGCCCUCUCCACCCCAUCCGGAGGCCUAUCCUAUUCCCACUCAGACCUACCCCAGGGAAUACUUCACCAUCCCAGCCUCCAAGUCUACGAACCGGAUGGACCCGGCCCCAGGACAGUUAUACGCUGACGACAGGGGUCCUCCCGGCCCCAUGGAAGACCACCACCACAACAGCAUAGCUAUGCAGCGGGUGGACCACUCUCAGGAGGAGCUGUGUGACCUCCCGGGGGGCUACCCUCCAACCGGCCUGCGUCCUGAGGACCUGGUCCACCUGCACCAGCAGCAGCAGAGAGAGGCUGACUACCAGCGAGGCAGUGGGGAACACUGGGUCAACCACCACCAGGUCUCCUCCUCUGUGGAGUCCUCCACCUCCAGCCAGGAGCACCUCAACUACUCCUCGUCCUCCUCCAACAAGACCCAGAGCAACCACAAGAGUGGCCCGGGACGCUGGAAGACCCCCGCCCCAUCGCCCCCCACCCAGGGCCUGUGGCCCAGUCCACACGCACGGACCUCCCUCCCCUCCACCACCCCCUCCCCCGUACACUACCAGGACUUUGAGCUCCAGCCCGACCUUCCCCUGCCCCCUCCUCCCUCGGCCAACCAGCAGCAGGCCGCAGCGCCGCCGCCGACCGCAAAGAAGCGCGAGGAGCAGCAGCGCUGGUAUGAGAAGGAGAAGGCCCGGUUAGAGGAGGAGAGGGGAAGGAAGAGGAGGGAGCAGGAGAGGAAGCUGGGACAGGUCCGUGCCCCAUCCCUACCUCCCCCCCCAGGGCCAACAGCAGGCCCAGCAACAGCAGCCCCCAGGCCAGAGAAACUGUCCACCCUGCCCAGAGCGGGCACCCUGCCCCCUCAGGGUAACCCAAUGGACACAGUGAUCAGAGAGCUGCUCCCCCAGCAGCAGCCCCGCACCAUCGAGCGCCGGGACCUGCAGUACAUCACCAUCAGCAAGGAGGAGCUGUCUUCCAGCGACAGCCUGUCCCCAGACCCCUGGAAGAGGGACGCCCGGGAGAAGCUGGAGAAGCAGCAGCAGCUGCACAUCGUAGACCUGCUGGACAGGGAGAUCCAGGACCUGCAGGCCAAGCCGGAGCGUACGGCCGAGGAGAGCGACCGGCUCAGGAAGCUGAUGCUGGAGUGGCAGUUCCAGAAGAGACUGCAGGAGUCCAAGCAGAGUGAUGAGGAAGAUGAGGAGGAUGACGACGAGGACGUGGACACCAUGAUGAUCAUGCAGCGGCUGGAGGCAGAGAAGAGAGCAAGGCAGACUGCUGUCCCAGCAAUCUCUGUUCUAGACUUGUUGCAGGACGAGGAGCGGCGGAGGAAGCAACAGCUGGAGGAGAUCCGUAAACGCGAAGCGGAGGACCGGGCCAAACAGGAGGAGGAGAGACGCUGGAGAGAGGAGGAGAGGGCCAGACGAGAGGUCGAUGAGAAGAGGAGACAGGAGGAGGAGUACUACACACGCCUGGAGGAAGGGCGGCGCCGGCAGCACGAGGAGGCCGAGCGCAAGCUGCUGACGCCUGACGAGCCUGGUCUGUACAGACCUCCCCUCCCCAGGGACUACCAGCCUCAGCCCCCCCCUCCCACUGCAUCCCCCGCAACCACUGCCACUAACGCUCCACCACCCCCGCCUCAGAGAAACACUUCCUACCUCAAAACCCAGGUCGUCUCCCCUGACGCCUUGUACACUGCCAAGUUUGUCUCGUACAAUGACGAGGAGGAUGAGGACACUACAGGCCUAGCAGGAUUUAAUUCAUACACUGGAAAYACAACAGGGGUUGUAGGAUCAGGAGAAGUUUACAAGGACCUGCGAGAAAAGUGGACGAAAGGUGGUCAAGAACAGGAAAACACAUUAACUGAAGGAGCCCCGGAGAGUAUGACAUUCAAGGAGCGCCAGCGGCUCUUUUCUCAAGGGAAGGAAGUAUCCAACAAAGUCAAGGCCUCGCGAAAACUCAUGGAGCUGGAAAAUGAACUCAAUACAAAGCAGUAGACAAGUAGCCUUAGCAAGACAAAUUGACCGCCAGGCCCCGACUGAGCAAUGGGAAAGAGAGCCAGCUUUUGUUUCCCAGUGACUCUCCUUUUUUUUUUUUUUUAUUGAACAACUGGACCAUUACAUACAAUUUAGAUGUAUCGUUGCAAUAGUUGAGACAUUUAUUUGCUUAAUUUCCCUCUUAAACUAUCAGAUAUUAUAAUAAAGCACUGUAAAAAAAUAUCUAAUAAUAAUACAAAUUAAUUAUUCUACUAAGACAAAUUUCAAAUCACAUGAAGGGGAAUAUAUUUUUGUUUGUAAAAUGGUUCUUGGGUUAGGGAUGAAAAGUUCUGUUCAUUUAAACAAUUUUAAUAGCUUAAUGUAAUGUGGAAUAUUUUAUGCUCUUUCUGCAUUACAUAUUUUCACACUUUUAAAUAAAUGGCUUACCAGACCAAUCUUUUAAGUUGAACUUCUUCCUAUACUCAUUGAUUCAAAUGGAGUAAUGUUGUCCAUUCUGGUUUGCGAUACACUGUAUUCUUCAUUCCUUAGAAUGUGGCUUUAGUUUUGAUCCAGGCAUUACUGGAAGAUGCUAUGUCUUCACUAUGACUUCCACAUAUAUAAACUGGUUUACUGGGGGUCCACCUGAGUGCACGCCCACACUGUAAAUAUCUCUCUCGUUCCAAACACAACUCUCAAUUCUUAAUAGUAACAGCUCUCAUUUGUUUUUUAUCUUCAGAAAUGGACAGUUCAGACUUUAUCCAACAGGGCAUUUUAUACAAGUGUGACGUAGGAAAUUGAGAUAAGGAACUCCUACCUUUUUGGUUCUCACUGUACAUUUUUGGGGGGGGUUUCUAUUCCCCCCCCCCCCCACUUUUUUGUAUUGAUUUUCUUUGUUUGAAUUUAACAGUAAUUUGCAGAGUUGUGAAAUUUGACCAGUUGUAUACAUUGCCAGUAUGCGGAAAGUGGAAGCGUACCAUGAUGGAAAAUUACUUCAUUUUCAGUUCAAAUGAUAAUAAAAAUCCAAAGUAAAAACCUUGUUUUGUUUAACAGGUAUUUAUUUGAACCUUAUGUAAUGUACUUGCACAGAUUUUGUUUAUUUAAAAUGCUUGAGCAUUCGGUUAAAUCAAUACAAACAUGGAAUACAUUUGGGACUUAUAGGCUACUGUAGGUAAAUGCUAUUUUAAGGAUUUGGGCAGAAUGCUAUUUACAUGAAGUACAUCUCUUCAUUCACAGCUGUUUGAGUGACUCCAUCUUGUGUGUAAAUAUGUUGUUGUUUUAUUUUCAGAACAUGGGCCAGAUUUGACUAUGUUAACGUUCAUUAUCCAUAAAGUAACAGUAUCAAUAUCCUGUUUCAGCUUUAAAGAUGUUAACCGACAUGUAUUCAUGUUUCUCAUUUUAGGUAACACAUUUGAAUCAUUUAAAUUGUUUCAUGAUAGCCUUUUGUAAAUCAUUAAUAAAUACAUAUUUUACAAAAUGCA